AUGGGUCGGCUCGACCGGAGUGAUACCACGGCCUCACAGAAAACCGGCGUGAAACAACCAAAGCGUUGUGUUUCGCCCGCGGGCCUGCGGACGGCGAGUAAGGGUAGUUCGCCGCCCGACCAGAACCCGAGCGUACGGCGCGUAGCGUUCCGCGCGCGCCUCAUAGAGCCUAUAGACCACCACAGACGGGGCCCUAUAGGCCUGAUGUUCAGCCGGGGUUGCGGGUUAAGCGCAAUGAGUCACCGCGGCCUCGCAGAGCAGGAGAAGGAACGGGGGGGCGGGGGUACUUUAGCACUUCCAAAUGAUACAAUUCAUAUACAGCUUUGGAGAGCUCAAGGAGAUUUAAAUGCUGAGGUUCUUUCCGAGUUUGAUGAUCGGGGUGGAAUGCCCAGCGGUACUUUGGAUUGGAAGAGGUAUCCAACAUUGGAUGAAAUUUAUGCAUUUUUGGAGAAAAUCGAUAAGAAAUAUUCGUACUGCAAAUUGAUUACUCUUGGCAGGACUUUAAACAAUAAACCCAUUUAUGUGUUGAAAAUAUCAACAAUGAACCCUACAAAUAAAGCAAUACUAAUAGAAAGUGGGAUACAUGGUUCCGAGUGGACAGCAGUUAUAUCCUCAUUGUAUUUUAUCGAUUCUAUUGUGCGAAACUUUGACCAACAACCUUCAUAUGUUAAAGAGCGAGACUGGCAUAUUAUACCAGUCCUUAAUCCAGAUGGUUACGAGUACAGUCUGUACAAGGAUCGUUUAUGGAAGAAAAACAGGCGACAAGUCAGCGAUUUCUGUUACGGAGUAGAUCUCAAUAGAAAUUUUGAUUACAAUUGGGGUAAGCAAGAUUCCACGAGAUCUGAAUGCAGUAAUACGUUCUGUGGCCCUGCACCAUUCUCUGAAGCGGAGACCCAAGCGUUCAAGGCCGAGGUCGCGGUGCCUCAUUGCGCUUACCCCGCAACCCCGGCUGAACAUCAGCCCUAUGGAGCCCUAUUGGAGCCGUCUGUGGUGGUCUAUUGGCUCUUUGCGGCGCGCGCGGAUCGCUACCGGGUCUGGUUCUGGUCGGGCGGCGAGCUACCCUUACUCGCCGUCCGCAGACCUGCGAAAUUAAUAGAUGGACCACAUUUCUAUGGUUAUUUGUCUAUUCAUUCUGCUGGGACGAAGGUUUUAUUUCCAAUGGGAGUCACUCGCAGCGACCAUCCUGAGCAAAUUAUGAUGACCAAGGCUAUGGCACAGGCAAUGCGUAGCUUUGACAAUAUGCAGUUCUUAAGUGGUGAUAUACAUGCUUUGAGGAAAGUUGGCUACGGCAUGGCUAUGGAUUGGAUGUACUUCGUCAAAAAGAUCACUCAUUCAUACAUUUUGGAGACAAGGGGAGAACAUGGAUUUGACAUUCUUGGGGUCAAAGAGAUUUUGCCAGCUGCCAAAGAAAUCCGUAUGGGUAUAAUGAAAUUCUCUGAACUUAUGUUCGAGCGUAUGGCACGUAGCGUUCCACGCGCGCCCAUAGACAACCUCAAACGAGGUCCUAUAGCGCUGAUGUUUAGCUGGGGUGACUGGGAAUGCGCUAUAAGGUACCGCAACCUAGAGCCUAGAGCAAGAGAAGGGGAGUUUUCUGUCAAUAUGAGCCUGACACUCUGUCCAGACAGAGAGACCUCACCCUGA